CUUAAGGCCUUAAUAACUGUAGCGGGUCAUGGGUCAUGGCUUUUAAAAGGUAUCCAAGGCGUCCAACCCAUUGAAUUGCUCUCUAUCAGAUAUCCAUUGAAGCGCAGUUGACGUUUUCCGUUGAAUCUAGUUCUUGUAUCCCCAUUGAAGCACCUUCUGAGAAAUGGGUUUUAUCAUGGAAUUUGCAGAGAACUUGAUUUUGAGGUUGAUGGAAGAUCCGAGCGAAAGGGAUAGAAAAUUCAGGGAUCACCUGUAUACGCUUCAAGAUCGGUGCAAGAAAACCAAGGAAAUGUGGAGUAUGCCAUUGAGGCCAUAUGGGUUUUGGACCUUUGAGCGUCAUAACUCUCAGCUUGCUUGGGAUGCUCAGAUUACCAAUGUAACCGGUCGUAGGGAUCCCUAUGACGAGGUCCUCGAGGGGACUACUAAAUAAAUAUUCAGUGAAGUGUAUGCAUGCUGAGGUUCAUCUGCUCAAAGUAUCUAUAACUUCCGGGAGUAUGUAGUUGCAAGGCAUAUGGAUUGUGUUUGUCAAUUGUAUUUUUUUUGUGGUUAUCUGGUUUGUGGUAAUCUGGAUAGAUUACCAAGAGACAAAGUAAUCAUCUUUCCAACUCUAUAUUGCCUUAUUUUUUUUUUAUGUUUUGUGUAUUUGACUGCUCAAUAAAGCAACACAUUAUCAUGUUAAAACCUCUUUUGAUUUAUCCUGAUUUGCACAUGCUGCCCUCCAUGCACCAGCAUAUUAGAAAACACAUUCAUUCUUCAGUUUGCGGUGCGUUACUACCAGUAAUGAAAUCCACUUUGGAUUUGGAA